UCGAAUUCCGCACUGCAUGUAGACGGUCUCACAAACGUUUUGCACGUCAAAGACCGCAGGGCCAGCGCUAUGAUCCCCCGCAUCUUGUGGCACAUGGGGGCGGGAGUGCUGCGCCGCAAACUGACGCCGCAGGUUCCUGGCGCGCUAUUGCGCUAUCCCGGUGUGUGGAAGACGCGCGCGUCCCUGAAGGAUUGUAACUUCACAGGCAAGCUGCCGGAGAACGCCUACUAUCGUAGUAUGGAGCUGGCCAUCUGGUACGGCUGCGGUGUUCAAGGAAUUCUGCACGCGUGCGUCCGCAACCGCUGGUACUUUGUUUUUGGUUCGCAAGGGAUACGCCACUUUAAGGACAUCAAGCUCUUCCAGCGCUACGAGGUGCACACUCGCAAUGUGUACUGGGAUGACGACUGGCUCUUCCUCUUAGCGCAAUUUAAGUGCCCCGAGACGGGCGAGAUCUUCGCCGAGGGACUGUCACGCUGCAUGCUGCGCCACGGUAGGGACAGGGUGGACUCGCGGCUGCUAUACAAGGAAAUGGGCGUGGACGGUUUGCCCCACCAGCACGAGAUGCCCGAGGUCGUCCAGAGGUUUCUGCUGUGGGACGCAGCCACGGAAGUCGACAUGAAAACGACGGCCGAGGCCAACGCUGUUGCUUCUGCUUCCAGUCAGAAACCGAGCUUUCUGUCAGCUUACUCGAUGAAUCUUCCCUUCCAGGGCCAUGUUCAUGGCCACGGACACCAGUGACUCCGUGUGAGAGACUUGAUGUGCCAAGACAUGUCAUGCUGGAGUGAGCAAAGUUGUACAUACGCUCACGUUUUGCGCGGCUUUCGACGGUGUUAUUUUUAAUUGACUGAACGCUGCUGGUGCAAACGAAUUAUGCUGUUCACGAAUGAAGCGUGGAGGCUCGUUGUUGAUAUAAGGUGGUUGAACUUGAUGUUUAUCUCUUUUGAAUUGCGUCAAAUUAUAGCAGCAUAGGUUACACUGUUCUGGAUCAGAGUGUCUGCGGCAACGAUCUGCAAGGCAUCAUUGGGCAGCAAGCGCCAGACACUAUACACACGCAGGUACACGGGCUGUUUUCAUUUACACUGUACGACCAAUCUUACUACACACGACUGCUGACAUCGGACGAAAUUCCCGCAAUCGGCGAGCGUACCAAAUUAUACACCGGGCUGUGCAAAUUCUGCUUGCUCUUCAAACCAACAUCGUCAUCGGAUGGAAGCGGUGAAAGCACCAUGGACAGCGACGCUGGCUCGACUCUAGUGAGGUUUCCUUCGACAGCAUCGGGAUCGCCUUCAUCAAGCCGCAGAGGGUGCGUCUUCGGAUUGUAGAUGAUGUAGAGAGCGAUAUUGAUAAUACUGAGCAGCAGACACAACGCGUUGCCUCCGAACAGGAACCAGCUUCCGAUCAUCGGGCAGUAUACGAUCCACAUGACGUUAUUGAGUGCACCUGCAGCCACCAUGGGGAUCGGGAUGAACGCCGCCGACUUGUAGUGUAACACCUUCAUUAUCCGCUCGAACGGCGAGCUAAACAUGCUGAGACCGGCCAAAACGCCCAAGAUACCCAGCGUCGUAUCCACCCCGUCGUUCGUGUGACCAGCUUUACCAAGGAUCGCAUAGAUCGUUAUAAGACCAAGGAUAGUAGCUCCAAUUAUGAUCCUUCGUAGAGCUUUCUUGCGAUCUCGAGCGUAGCAGAAGAAGACGGUCACGUAGCCGAUGGCGAUACAGUCGGAGGUGAGGAAGGUGGCAAACAUGGGGAACCAAUUCCUGACGAUAGCGCCGUCCAGCAUCCACACGUGUGCGUUCGCCACCAUACAGACGAGCGGCAGUACGGACGCGAUGCCCGUAUCCUUCUUGCGGUAGAUGUGAUACAUUGACGGGAUCAUGCUGAGCGUAACGCUAAUUGACGUCAGCGACGCCAACACGCGGAAGAGCGUCUCCACGACAACGUUCACCAUAGUUUAUCGAGGUGACCAAGUGUGCCGAACAGCGCAAGAUGCAGACUGAUGCGACUGUCGGUGGAUGAAGCGAAGCGACGUACAACCGUGUUCAUCAAAACUUGGAUGCUGAGCCAGAGAAGACUACGCACUGUGAUUGGACCGUUGGCGACCACGCAUCACCACCAUGUAAUCCAGGAUGAUUAGAUGACCAACACAACAGCGGCGACAAGUCGACACUGCUGGGCAAAAUGGAACCCAUUUGGCAGACAGCUCGGCAGCGAGCAGCGAAGUUGCCGUUCGAUCGGACGGAUUCCCGUACUAAAUUUACGAAUUACGAGCGGAGCGGAGCCAGCGGCGACUUAAUCAUUUGAUACACGGGACUCUGUGGGGUCGCCUUGCUGGCCGACUGCACGCUUGGACGGUCGAUCGCAAUGGAUAGGGUGCCGUCGUCUUCCUUUUCCUUCUCGAGAAAGUCCUCAAGUGUGGCUCCGUAGCCCAGUGGGUGCUUGCUCGGGUGGUAGAUCAUGUACACUGUUAGCUGCGCGACGCCGAGGGUGGCACAGCAGACAUUGGUCACGAAGAGGAACCACAGUCCAGACAUGGGCGUGUAUAUGAUCCACAUCGCAUUGUUAAACGUGCCGGCCAUCACCAUGUGGAUCGGGAUGAACACGCCCGUCUUGUACUUGACCACAUCCUUGAUCCUGAGGAACGGCGAGCUGUAGAGCACCAGGGUCACGCACACUGCCAGGUAGCCCAUAAUGUCGUUCACCUGGUCCCUACUCAAGCUUGUGAACACGCCCAGUCCUCCGAGCACUGCGUACGUGGUGAUAAUCGACAGCACUGCCGCGUAAACGGCGAUAACCUUCCACGCCUGUUUGCGGUCAGUUGUGUAGCGCAGGAACACGAACAUGUAGAUGAUGGAGAUGAAGUCUCCCGAUACAAAGGUCGAGAAGACCGGGAACCAGUUAUUUGUGAGCAAACCCUGCAACGUCCAGACGUGGCAGUUUGCGAACACAGACACGAGCGAGACGAUGUUGGUGUUGCCGAUCGACUUGGUCUUGUAGAUCUUGUAGACCGCCGGCGUCGGGCUCAGAAUCAUCAUGAGCGACGUACAGGCCGCAAUAACGCGGAAAACGGACUCCACUCCGGACAUGGCGACUGGAUCUCUCGGGUCAGGUGAAUUGUAAAAUGAGGAGUGCAGGAAGUGAAUUUGCCCUCAACGAGUAGAUGGAGAGGAAGGACGAGAUGGGUACGUCGCGUCGUUUGCAUCGACUCUUCAGUCUCGGCGCACCGGAAGACCUUGCGCAUACACUUGGCAACCACAAGAAGCGUACAAAGCGAAGAGACAUCAAGCGGUGAGAUUGGACGCAGCCCGGUUAAAGCCGUUUUGCAAGCAUUUUGUUUACGAGUCCCGCUCUGAAGACGCAGAAUUCCUUAGCUGUGGUAAUGCAAGGACGGGUGGGUACUCGAAGUAUUUCGUUAGUGCGGUAAUGCAAGGACAGGACCGACGUCCGAGCUGCUGUCUCCACCAGUACUCUAUGGGUCACUUGAUUCUUUUUUCCGUUUGUUGCGAAGUACUGCGAAGUAUUCGUUAGCAGGGAAUUGCAGGACGGAUUCACGUCGAAGUAGGCAUGCAGUACAAGUUACAUGGGCAGGGAGUGUCACGUGGCUCUUCAAGCCUGGCAGUAGGAUGGGAAACUUAAAGACCUCUUGCGAACUACUCCUGUACGUCUGGACAUGAUCUAUUCAUAACGACUUACUGCCGCGAAGCGCGAAUAACAUGCACGACACCAACCGUGGAGUUGCGAUCAAACGAGCUACUGUAGAACGAGCCGCUUCGUGUGCUAAGCGCGGGUGAACUCAUUUGCUGAAAGGAGCUACCACGACUCAUCGACGGCGAACUGAGCUGGAAAGAGUUUUCUCGGCUCAAUGGAAGCAGCGGUGAUGGCAUCGGUUGUACGCUCCGGCAAUCAUUCGCGACCUUAUUGUGGGUUUCAGCCUUGGAUGAGACGACAAUUGUGAUGGCGAUGUCUUCAUCUGAAAGGUCUACGGUGGGCUGAACGACCUUACCCGGUCGGUACAGUACAUACAGCGUCAGCAACACGAUACCGAGCACGACACAGAUGGCAUUAGGGAUGAACAUGAACCAGUUACUAUCCAGGGGUGUGUAGAUAACCCACAAGGCCUUGAUUGCCGCACCGCAGAUAACCAUUGGUAGCUGGAUGGGCGUCGCACUCUUGUUACGUAGAACAAACAAAACCUUCUCGAACGGCGCGCCGUAUAGAAUGAUAGCUGCAACAAUACUCAAGUAGCCCAGUACGUGGCUAAUGCUCGUGUAGUCUUGGCCUGUAGCACCGGUUGCUGCGAUGGCGACGUACAACGUGAUAGCUGUGAGUAUUGAGACGGCACCGCUGACGAUUUGGAGCACAUACUCGCGAUUUUCGGCGAACUUGUAGUACACGGAGAUGUAGGCAAUUGCCGCAAAGUCGGCGAAGCCAAAGGAGACGACAACGGGGAAUAUCUUACCGCAGAAAUAGCCGUACAUCAUCCACAUGUGUGCGUUGCCCAGCAGCGAGACGAACGGAACGAUGGAGAUGUUAUCGACAGUCUUGCUCUUGUAGAUCUUGUAGAUGGAGAAGGACGGACUCAGCGAGACCAUCAACGACGACAAUGCAGUCAUGAUUCGGAGCACGAGGAGAAUGGAGGCGUCGGCCAUGGUUUGCUGAGACUACGGCUUACGCGCACGUAAGUAAAUUGUAAAGUGAGCAGAAUGGGUGAGUUGGCAUCGGGGAUGACUUCCUACGGUCUCGGGUGGGGGUUGUAGUGAAAGAGAUUUCGUUUCACUAGUAUUUUUGAGCGUUCUGAUAUCACUUCAACUUUGCGAGCGAGAUAGGCAAGUACCGAUGGUGAAGGCAACUUGGGUCUGUCUCACUUCAUUUCUGAAGUUUUGACACGUCGCGUACAUGGCCAUGCACUGCAAGACGUCUAAGCAGCCCUGUCGGCAGCGAUCGAUAAAUGCUGGAGCAGGGCUUACCUACCAGCAG